GGGCGCAGAAGUCCCCGUCCCCCUCCAAAGCCUGAGGCGACUGCCCCCGACCCCAAGUCGCAGACAUGGUCCAGGUGCCGCACGCACAAGCUGAUAUUCACUGAUGGACUCCAAAGAAUCAUUAAGCAAGCCUCCCAGCAGAGAAGAAACCUCCAGCAGUGUGCGUGGUCGGGGGAGAGGAAAUGUGAUGGACUUCUAUAAAACUGUAAGGGGAGGAGUUACUGUGAAGGUUCUUGCAUCUUCACCCUCACUGGCUGCUGCUUCCCAGUCAGACUCCAAGCAGCAAAGACUCUUGGUUGAUUUUCCAAAAGGCUCAGCAAGCAAUGUGCAACAGCAGCCAGAUCUCUCCAAAGCAGUUUCACUCUCAAUGGGAUUGUAUAUGGGAGAAACUGAAACAAAAGUGAUGGGAAAUGAUUUGGGAUUCCCACAGCAGGGCCAAAUCAGCCUUUCCUCUGGGGAAACAGACUUUCAGCUUCUGGAAGAAAGCAUCGCAAACCUCAACAAGUCAGCCAGUGUUCCAGAGAACCCCACGAGUUCAGCAUCCUCCGCUGCUUCUGCUGCCCCCACAGAAAAAGAGGUUCCCAAAACUCACCCUGAUGGGUCUUCAGAACAGCAAAAUUUGAAGGGCCAGACCGGCACCAAUGGUGCCAAUGUGAAGUUGUAUACCACAGACCAAAGCACCUUUGACAUUUUGCAAGAUUUGGAGUUUUCUUCUGGGUCCCCAGGUAAGGAGACAAAUGAGAGCCCUUGGAGAUCAGACCUCUUGAUAGAUGAAAACUAUUUGCUUUCUCCUUUGGCAGCAGAGUCUGAUCCAUUCCUUUUAGAAGAAAACUUAAAUGAGGACUGCAAACCUCUUCUUUUACCGGACACUAAACCGAAACUUAAGGAUAAUGGAGAUCUGAUCUUAUCCAGCCCCAGCAGCGUGCCAUUGCCCCAGGUGAAAACAGAAAAAGAAGAUUUCAUUGAACUCUGCACUCCUGGGGUAAUUAAACAAGAGAAAUUGGGCCCAGUUUACUGUCAGUCAACCUUUUCUGGAGCAAAUAUAAUUGGUAAUAAAGCAUCCGCCAUCUCUGUUCAUGGUGUGAGUACUUCUGGGGGACAGAUCUACCACUAUGACAUGAACACAGCAUCCGUUCCGCAACAGCAGGAUCAGAAGCCUGUUUUUAAUGUCAUUCCACCAAUUCCUGUUGGUUCAGAAAACUGGAAUAGGUGCCAAGGAUCUGGAGAUGACAACCUGACUUCAUUGGGGACUUUGAACUUCUCUAGUCGGUCGCUUUUUUCUAAUGGCUACUCAAGCCCUGGAAUGAGACCAGAUGUGAGCUCUCCUCCAUCCAGCUCCUCAAGUGCGAUGGGACCACCUCCCAAACUCUGCUUGGUGUGCUCUGACGAAGCUUCUGGCUGUCACUACGGGGUCCUGACUUGUGGAAGCUGUAAAGUGUUCUUCAAAAGAGCGGUGGAAGGUAGACAGCACAAUUAUCUUUGUGCUGGAAGAAAUGACUGUAUCAUUGACAAGAUUCGAAGAAAGAACUGCCCGGCGUGUCGCUAUCGAAAAUGUCUUCAAGCUGGAAUGAACCUGGAAGCUCGAAAAACAAAGAAGAAAAUAAAAGGAAUUCAGCAGACCUCUACAGGAGUCCCACAAGAACCUUCUGAAAAUCCUGCUACCAAAACAAUAGUUCCUACAACGUUACCACAGCUCACCCCUACGUUGGUGUCUCUGUUGGAGGUCAUUGAACCUGAAGUGUUAUAUUCAGGGUAUGACAGCACUGUUCCAGAUAGCACUUGGCGUAUCAUGACCACACUCAACAUGCUAGGUGGGCGGCAAGUGAUUGCAGCAGUCAAGUGGGCAAAGGCGAUACCAGGGUUCAGGAAUUUACACCUGGAUGACCAAAUGACCCUACUGCAGUACUCAUGGAUGUUUCUCAUGGCCUUUGCUCUGGGAUGGAGAUCUUACAAACAGUCAAGUAGUAGUGUGUUGUGCUUUGCUCCCGAUCUGAUCAUUAAUGAGCAGAGAAUGUCUCUACCCUACAUGCAUGACCAGUGUAAGCAAAUGCUGUAUGUCUCCUCCGAGAUGCAGCGACUUCAGGUCUCGUAUGAAGAGUACCUCUGUAUGAAGACCUUACUGCUCCUCUCUUCAGUUCCUAAAGAAGGCUUGAAGAGUCAAGAGCUGUUUGAUGAAAUUAGAAUGACCUACAUCAAAGAGCUUGGAAAGGCCAUCGUCAAACGGGAGGGAAACUCCAGUCAGAACUGGCAGCGGUUUUACCAACUGACGAAGCUCCUGGACUCCAUGCAUGAUGUGGUUGAAAAUCUCCUUGGCUAUUGCUUCCAAACAUUUUUGGAUAAAACCAUGAGUAUUGAGUUCCCAGAGAUGUUAGCUGAAAUCAUCACCAAUCAGUUAUCAAAAUAUUCAAAUGGAAAUAUCAAAAAGCUUCUUUUUCAUCAAAAGUGACUGCCUUAACAAGAAAGGUUGCCUUAAAGAGAGUUCACCGCUUUUAUUGUACAGACGAGCAGUUUGUCCUGUAGCAGUGUUUUUCCUCCUCCUUUUUGUCUGUUUCGUCUUGUUUCUGUGCUUGUUUUAAACACGCACUACUUGUGGUUUAUAGAGGGCCAAGACUUGGCAGGAGAAGCAGUUGAGUCAUCACUUUCCGUGGUGGCACAAGUAGAAAGUGGAAUUCAUUAGUUGGUGUGUCCCAGGAAUUUGAAACAAUAAGGUGGGGUUCACCUACACUCUCGGAGAAGGAUGGCACCUGAACCACCAGUGCCCCAGGUCUGUGUUGCACACUUUCUGCUCAUACUUUUCAGUUAGCUGGAUAAAUUUUUCUAGACUUUUUGUUGGUGUAUUUCCCCUCUAUAGUUAAGGUAGCAAUUUUUUUAUUUUUGCAUGGACACCUGAAAAAAAGUUUACAAGUGUAUAUCAGAAAAGGGAAGUUGUGCCUUUUAUAGCUAUUACUGUCUGGUUUUAACAAUUUCCUUUAUAUUCAGUGAACAUUGUUUGCUCAUUUCUUCUUAAGUAAUUUUUGUACUCAAGUUGCCUGUUGUACAGCUGUUUGAGAUGGGCAGCUAGUUCAUAGCUUUCCUAAAUAAACUCCAAACAUUAAUCUUCUGUGUGAAAAUGGGUUGGUGCUUCUACCCUGAUGGCACUUAGCUGUCAGAAGACCACAAAAAUCGACUCAAAUCUCCAGUAUUCUUGUCAAAACAGCUCAUAUUUUGUAUAUAUCUGCUUCAUUGGAGAAUUCUGUAGCUUGUGCAAAUUAUCCAUCCUAACUGGUAUAGAGCACCUAGUCUAAUGGCCUGCUUGGUAAACUGGAUGAGGUUGCAGAAGACCUGUGGCGGGAGUGUGGGGGGACUACCAAGAGGCCCUGUUUAUACUUUCUCUGAAAGGGUUCAGUGGCAAAAGAAUUGGUAAACUCAUUGUCUUUCAGAACCUUUGGUAGUAGUUUGUACAAGGUUUCAAAUAACCAGCUAUAACACAGCUGAGAGAUUUAAAAUCAGAACAAGUUAAUUCCUUUCACUAAACUUUGCUUCCCACCCCACUCCUCGCCAAAAAAAAAAAAAUCCAUCUCUAAUACGGCAAAAGUGGCUAGACACCCAUUUUCACAUUCCCAUCUGUCACCAAUUGGUUUAUCUUUCCUGUUGGUACAGGGAAACUCAGCUAAGGAUUUUGUGAUGUAGAACUGUAUGUCAGACUUCCAUGUGUGUAAAACUACACGUCGUUACAUGUCCCAGAGUUUAACACAGUCAUGAAUUUCUCCUCCCCAUUGUUGAGAAUUAUCAUUUUUAACAAAUUAGAAGCUGUAGUAGCCCUUUCUGUGUGCACCUUACCAACUUUCUGUAAACUCAAAACUUAACAUAUUUACUAAGCCACAAGAAAUUUGAUUUCUACUUAAGGUGGCCAAAUUAUUUGUGUAAUAGGAAACUGAAAAUCUAAUAUUAAAAAUAUGAAACUUCUAAUAUAUUUUUAUAUUUAGUUAUAGUUUCAGAUAUAUAUCAUAUUGGUAUUCACUAAUCUGGGAAGGGAAGGGCUACUGCAGUUUUACAUGCAAUUUAUUAAAAUGAUUGUAAAAUAGCUUGUAUAGUGUAAAAUAAGAAUGAUUUUUAGAUGAGAUUGUUUUAUCACGACAUGUUAUAUAUUUUUUGUAGGGGUCAAAGAAAUGUUGAUGGAUAACCUAUAUGAUUUCUAGUGUGUGUGAGCAUUCAGACAGGUAGCGAUGGUCUCACAAACCAAGCAGGUUUGCUCUAGGGGAAGAGGGCAAUGGAGAUUGGCCUAUGUGCAGUGAGGUUGCUGAGGCUCCGUCUCCAUCCGAUCACAGGAAGUAAUUCCUCUGCCUCCCAUUCUGACCACCUCCUCAUUCCAACCGUGAGUCAGUCUGCCAGCACAGGGUGGCUAGAGUACUACUCACCCCCUGUGUGCAAAUGUGUAAAUGUGACAGACAGAUGGUGCUUACAUACUUACAGGCACCAUUCAAUAGCAGGGUUACUUUCACAUAACAGCCUCAUCAACAAUCUAAUAUAAAAUCAGAGGCUUUAGAAGUUUGGCAAUAAUAUGCAUAGAGGUACCAGCAAUAUGUAAAUAGUGCAGAAUCUCAUAGGUUGCCAAUAAUACACUAAUUCAUUUCUAUCCUCCAAUAAGAGUUCAUUUCCAGAUAAAAUGAGGACAUGUUUAUGUUUCCUUUUAAAUGUUUUUUUUUUAAUGUUAUUUGUUAUUUUCAGUAUUGGAGAAAUUAUUUAAUAAUGUAAUCAUUUGCUUUUUUGAAUGAUAUCUAAAAGGGAAUGUUCCUUUUGUAAUAGUUUGAAUUGAUCUCAAAGUAUUUUAAGAUGGUUUGUAGCCCAACUGGAUGUGAAAAUUAAUGGUGCCUAUGAAAUAUCGCUUGAAUACCAUUCUCAAUGACAGUGUUAAGCUUCAAUAAGAGCUUCUGAAACGUGAAUUAUUGUUCAUGUACAGAAUGCCAUGUGGUUAAACCUAGAAAGCACAUCAUACAUUAACCUUUGGUUCCAAAAACCUUGGCUGUAAAAAUACAUAGCUUUGUGCAAACACAUGUACAUUUUGUUGUCAACAGGAAAUCAAGUAAAACAACUAUAGGAGGCUAUUCCUUAGAUAGAAAAAGAGGCUGCCCAUUCAGAGUAUGUGGGAAAGAAAGAAAUUCUCUUAAUUGUUUUAGUAUAAUUGUGGAUUCGAGUGAAGAAAAAAUAAGACACGGUGCUACUUGAAAGCAGCUUCAAGCUCUGUGUGUGGGCUCUUGCCACAUCAGACUGCUUAGUUUGUAGUGGCUUCUGUGGGAGUUGAGGACAUGCUGAGGUGACUCCCACAACAAAUCUAUAAAGUAUUUUUAAAUAAUGCUGGGAAAGCGGGGGUGGGGGGGACAAAAAAUGGCACCUUACUUUUAGGUCUUGCUCUGGGAUACUGUACAAGUUGAACUGAAGUGAGCUAAGGAAAUACUGCUCUCAAUUAUAUGCCCAUUUUUCUAGAAUUACACGGGGGCACCUCGAAGCACACCUUCCUGGUCCUGAAAGGGAAAAGUAAAUAAGAGCUUUGACCACCCCAGGAGGGAAAUGUAACAGGAUCUCUGUGCGGAGCAUAGAAUAAGUUGUGGGCAUGCACAUGAAAGAAAGCUAGCCUCCGGCAAGAAUAUUGGCGGCGGGGGCAUGCGCCAUUCCAGUUUUACCCAUCUGUACAGCCUAUCAUUCAAUUGUAUUAUUUCAUUCCCCCCUUUAGAUACACUAAAAAAGUACAUCAUCAUGGAAUGAACAAUAUGGUCACACACUGAUCGGUCACAAUUAAAGCACCACGGCAGCCCUUGGUGAGCUUUCCAUCUUGGUUUGUCCCCCAGACAGUGUAGCUGUAGAUGAGUGUGUUUUGCUGUGCCUGAUUUCAGUGUUGGAAGGGAAAUUAAAGCUUUGUCACGAAGGUGCUUGAAACCACUGUGGAUGGAAGUCUCAUCAUUUUCCAGACUAUUCUCAAUUAGCCUGGUCCGCCAAAGAUUAGUGACCAGGUAUUCAGGAAAGGAUUAGCGUCUUUCUAGAAAAUGCCUGAAAGAAAGAUUUUAUUUUCUGAUGAAAGGCUAUAUUGAAAAUAACCCUCCUCAAAUAAUUUGCUUAAUUACAUAUAGAUUCCAGUGUGUCAAUAUUCUAUUUUGUAUUAUUAAACAAAUGCUAUAUAAUGGGGACAAAUCUAUAUAUUAUACUGUGUAUGGCAUUAUUAAGAAGCUUUUUCAUUAUUUUUUAUCACAGUAAUUUUAAAAUGUGUAAAAAUUAAAACCAGUGACUCCUGUUUAAAAAAUAAAAGUUGUAGUUUUUUUAUUCACGCUGAAUAAUAAUCUGUAGUGGAAAAAAUGUCUUUAACUACAUAGUGCAAUGUCAGACUGUAAGAUCUUGUAUGGAAAUGUUUAACUUUUAUUUUCAUUUAAAUUUGCUGUUCUGGUAUUACCAAACCACACAUUUGUACCGAAUUGGCAGUAAAUGUUAGUUAGCCAUUUAUAGCAAUGCCAAAUAUGGAGAAACACCAUAAUAAAGAAAAUCUGCUUUUUC